AUGUCUAGUGAUGAUAAGAACAAGACCAGUGAUCCCAAGAAUGAGCCCAAGUACUGUGACCCCAGAUGUGAACAAAAGUGUGAGGCCAAAUGCCAGCCCAGCUGUCUAAGGAAGCUGUUGCAGCGCUACUCUGACAAGUGUUCACUGAAGUGCCCACCACCACCGAAGUGCCCCCCCUGUCCCCCGUGUCCGCCUUGCCCCCUGCAAUGUCCACCACCAUGCCCCAACAUGAAGCAAAACCAUGAACUGACAAGUAAACACGUUCCUCUGCUGCGCAAGACUUCCGUCUUGGGGGACUCGCUUUGUUCUCUGGUGGUGGUCACACAGCACUGUGCCAAGAAGCAAUCCUUGGCCGUGAGAGCUCCAGAGGCCCCACAGCCUCUGCCUGUCGCUUAG